CUUAAUAUUUAAUUAAAUUACUUUUCAAAUUUUAGAAUAGGCUUGUAGAAAGCUCAUAUAUGAAAUUGAAUGCGCCUUGGCUGCAAGAUUUGGUUCUUUGGACCAAGAUUUCCAAGAUUUGAAAUCUUUUUAACUUUUUUCAUCCUUAAAAUUAUCCGAAACAACAAAAUUGAAUCAAGAUACGGUUUUUUGAUUUUUUGAAAUUAUUUGAAAUAACAAAAAUUAUAUCAAGAUUCGAUUUCUUAAAAACAAGAAAGUAAAUCUUGAUUCUCUUCUUCAGCUAUGCGCGUAUCUAGGAUAUUGAGCUCAUCACGUUCAUGAGUUGCUUCAUAAGUCUUUCGUGUUAAUGAACCACUAGUUCAUCCUGUUUUCACUCAAUUUUUAUCUGUUUUUGCAUCCUUCCCUUCAUCAAAUUUCCAACAAUAUAUCGAAAUGGUGAGUCAAAGAAACUGAUCUUUUGGCCCUACAUUUUCUUAUGUGAUAACUGCUUGUGGGAGUGGAGAUUUUUAUAUGGAAGGAAUUCAAGUUCAUUGCAGGGUGAUUUCACUUGGGUUCGGAUUGACUUUGUUUAUUAGAAGCUCACUUAUGAAUCUUCAUCUGCAUAUGGGACUGGGUAAUGUGGCCUUGAAGUUGUUUGAUCAAUUGCCUGACCGGCAUUUUAAUUUGAUAUCAUGGGAUUCAAUCAUUCCUGCAUAUUCCGAGACUGAUGUGCUGUCCGAUACUCUUGAAUUAGUUAAGAGGAUGCAUUUCUGCGGUAAAAAAAAACCCCUUUAAUUCAUUCUUUCUUGAGGUUCUUGAAUUUAUCCAGUAGAAGAGGGGGAUACUCUCUUUGGCAGGCAAAGUCAGUGUUUUGUGACGAAAAUAGGGGGAUAUUCAGUCAGCGCUAAUUGAUAUGUACGCCAAAGAUAACUUUGGUGUUUGUAUCUCCUUAAUAACCUCUUUGUGGCACUGUGGUACCAUUGAAUAUUUGUUUGAGAUAUGGUGUAAUGUUUGGUGAAGGAUUAAUGAGAUGCUUGCACCCUUAAUUCUAGGUUUGUGUUUGACAUAUUCUGCAUAUAUUUUGCCAUGGAUAUAAAAUAAUGGAAUCCUCUCAAUGCUCUCCAAAUAUAGAAAUCUUGAAAAAAAUUGAGGAUACCCCCUCCACUCACAGUCGAAUCUGCGUGCUCGUGCACUGUUUUGCAAUAAAAUCAGGCUAUUGAAUUUGGUAUUGAAGUUUCAUGGUCUCUUAUUGAUGGGGUGUUCAAGAUGUGCCCAUUCUGAACUCUCUCGCCUGGUUUUUGAGACACUUCCUAUACCUAAUGUCUUCUGUUUCACAUCUAUAAUCAAUGGAUAUGCCCAAAACGAGAUGGGGAGAGAAGGUGUCAGUCUGUUGGAAGCAAUGGUGCAUCAGGGUCUGAUACCAGAUGAAGUGACAUCUUUACGUGUUUUAAGUGGGUGUAAUCAUGCAGGGUUGGCCAAAGCGGGAAAGUUGGUCUGCUCUGCGAAACUGAAGAACAGACACCAGGAGGGGUCAAUUCUGUAAGGCAUCUAAGAUUUAGGGUCAUUGUAGACUUGCUGUUUCAUCCAACUGAGAACUUGGGGACAACACUUGAGCUUGUUCCCCUUUUAUUUACAUGAAACUGAAACCUGUUUGUGAAGUCUGCAUCUUCUGCUUAAAUCUUCCAAAAUGCAGUCACUUUAGCUUGAAGCUCUUGGCUUGUAACAGGAAAGAAUCUUUUUUCUCCCCUGAUUCACUAAUUCAAUUUUCUUUUUAGGUAGUUGCAAAAAAAUUUCUAUUUAGGUAUGUAUUGCCAUAUUUCAUGUUAAAUAUAUCCCUGCAUGCAUGCUUGGUGAUAUUUCAUUUUUCAUUUUAUAAAGUUGAGUUAAUAUAUAUAUAUCUACUUUCCUCUACUAAUUAUUUUAUCCACUUAUAUGAAUGAGAGAUAGAUUGUACUAAAUACAUAACAUUUGACUGGUGAAUUUUGGCAACUGGUUGAAGAGUAAAGCAAAGAACUUUAAAAUAAAAUCUCCCUUGUACUUUAAGUGUGGGCAUGUAGAAAAUGUAGCACCUUAGUCUACUUUUAAGCCAAGACAGAUAGGUCUCAAAACCAUUCAUUUCCUAAACUAAUCUGCAUAUAUAAAUUAAAUCAAUGUCUUAUUGCAUUUAUACAACUAAACCAAUCUCCCAAACAAACAAAACAGAACAAAUUAUGGCUAAAUUAUUCCUUGUUUCCUUUCUUGGUUUAUUGAUAGCAGCAUAUGGAGUUGCAGGAAACGUGGUAUAUGACAAGUUUAACAUACUUGAAGACAUGGACAUUGUAGAAGAAGAUACAGACUUUCUUGAGUCCCCAUCUUGGACAAGUGAACAUGGUGGCAAGGUUCUUGUGAAUGUGGAUAGCUUUGGAGCAGUUGGAGAUGGAGUUUCUGAUGACACCCAGGCUUUUAGAAAAGCAUGGGACACAGCAUGCUCUACUCGAAAAUCAGUUUUAUUGGUUCCUCCUGGACAUCGUUAUUUAGUUAAUGCUACAAAGUUUAAGGGGCCAUGUGCAGAGAGGUUGAUUGUUCAGAUUGAUGGAACAAUAGUGGCCCCAGAUGAACCCAAGAAUUGGGACCCAGAUCUUCCUAGACUGUGGCUUGAUUUUUCUAAGCUGCAGGGAGUAGCAUUCCAAGGAAAAGGAGUUAUCGAUGGAUCAGGCAGCAAAUGGUGGGCAGCAUCUUGCAAAAAGAACAAGUCAAAUCCUUGCAGAGGGGCACCGACAGCACUGACUAUAGAUUCAAGCUCAUCUAUUAAGGUGAAAGGCCUUACUAUUCAGAACAGCCAACAGAUGAAUUUCGUCAUUUCAAAGUCUGAAGCUGUUCGAGUAUUUGGUGUUAAAGUCACAUGUCCUGGAGACAGUCCAAACACUGAUGGAAUCCACAUCACUAAAUCAACUAAUGUUGUUCUUCAAGACUGCAAAAUAGGAACAGGUGAUGAUUGCAUCUCAAUUGUCAAUGGUUCAUCGACUAUCAAGAUGAAGAGAAUAUAUUGUGGACCAGGACAUGGAGUCAGCAUUGGAAGCCUUGGGGAGGAUAACUCGGUGGGCAUUGUCACAAACGUGGUCUUGGAUACAGCAUUACUCAGGGAGACUACGAAUGGUGUCAGGAUUAAAACUUGGCAGGGUGGUUCUGGUUAUGUUCGUGGUGUGCGUUUCGAAAAUGUGAGGAUGGAAGAUGUUGCUAACCCCAUCAUUAUUGAUCAAUUCUACUGUGAUUCACCAACAACCUGCCAAAACCAGACAUCAGCAGUGCAAAUAAGCCAGAUUGUAUACCGAAACAUUAGUGGGACAACGAAAAGCAAGCAAGCAAUCAAGUUUGCCUGCAGUAAUACUGUUCCCUGUAGCAAUUUAGUCCUAAGCAAUGUAAACUUGGAGAAGAAAGAUGGCACAGUUGAGACCUACUGCAACUCUGCACAAGGCUUCGGCUACGGGCUUGUUCAUCCUUCAGCCGACUGCCUCAGUUCCCACGACAAAGGCUCUAUUCUUAUUGACUGGAAAGACAAUGCUGAGCUUACCGAACCCACUGAAGAUCAUAUUAUUCACACUGAACUCUAAAGCUCCCUGUGGCAUAUGAAAAAUGAUGGCAUAGUAUUACUGCACAAGAGCUAACUAGCACAGUUGAGGCCGGUGAGGUUUGAGUCACGAGUCAAAUUUUUAUUGGAAAUAGCAGAUGUCAUUAUUCUUAGGAACUAUUAUUUGGAAAAGUGGCGUGGAGAUUUUUAACUCCAUGAACGAAAUAAAAAUGCCUCAAUGUGUUUCACUUAUUUAUUUCUAUUUCUUUUUAAAUAUUAAGAACACAUGGUGUUUCUUAACUCUGUUUGUGGAACUAAAAAUGUCAACUGCUUAUCCUGCAUCCAGACAAUAUAGCAAGGAUAUGUAAAAUGCAGUCAAUGUAUGUAUCUAGUUACAGUGAAGAAGAAAGAUCAAUUUAAUUAGAUUACUUACUAAA